GUUCCCUUCAUUCUCAAUGGCAUGGCCCUCGUCUCGUCCUGUUUGUUGACACUUCGCUCUGGAAGAGAUGGUCGCUGACACUUGACUAUGCAGUACUCGAUGUACGGCCACAUCCUCAAGUUGGCCGAGGCCGAGAAGAAGGGUAUUGAGGCCGCUGGCGGUUCCGCCGACAUCUACCAGGUUGCUGAGACUCUCCCCGAGGAAGUUCUGGCCAAGAUGCACGCUCCUCCCAAGUCUAGCUACCCCCUCGUUGAGCCACAGACUCUUCUUGAGUACGAUGCUGUCCUCUUCGGUAUCCCCACUCGCUACGGUAACUUCCCUGCCCAGUGGAAGACUUUCUGGGACAAGACCGGUGGAAUUUGGGCCACUGGUGGCUACUGGGGCAAGUAUGCCGGUCUCUUCGUCUCCACCGGUACUCAGGGUGGUGGUCAGGAGUCCACGGCUCUUGCUUCCAUGAGCACCCUCGCUCAUCACGGUUUCAUCUAUGUUCCUCUCGGCUUCAAGACCGUCUUCGGCCAGCUGUCCAACCUCAACGAGGUUCACGGUGGCAGCGCCUGGGGUGCCGGCACUUUCGCCGGCCCCGACGGAUCUCGCCAGCCUUCCGCUCUCGAGCUCGAGGUUGCUGAGGCUCAGGGCAAGGCCUUCUACGAGCACGUCGCCAAGCACAACUUCGCUUGACUACAUGGUAGCGAGCAGACCCAGUCGGAGUCGCCUGCUGCCGCUCAAUCACAGCCACAGCAGAAAACCGAGACGGAGAAGCCCGCGCCUCCCCCCGCAAAGAAUGAACAAAGCACCCAGGGAGCAGCAACCCGGGAGGAGAAGAGCAAGGAGGGACCUUGUGGCUUGCCCAAGAAGUGUAUCAUCCAGUAGGGAAACUUUUGCUUGAAAAUGCUGACCGGUCUUGUUUUCUUUAACUGGCUUGCUUUUGUUUCUGUUUCGGUUGGUAAGGCGUUGGUUUUUGCCCGAAGGGUCCAUAAGUACAUAAUAUGCGUGAUACACAGACGUCGAUCAACAUAUAGAAUGAAUGAUAAAAUAAUUUAGUUACUG